UCAGCGAACACACACUCAGCGAACACACACUCAGCGAACACACACUCAGUGAACACACACUCAGCGAACACACACUCAGCGAACACACACUCCCAUCCCGACCAUGACCACCUUUGACGACAUCCUGGAGGAGGCGGGGAAGUUCGGCCGCUGUCAGAAGCGGAUCUUCGCUCUGCUGUGUAUGGUGUCCAUGCCGUGGGCGGGGGUCUACGUGGGGAUCGUGUUCCAGGGCUUCACCCCGGACCACUGGUGUCGGGUCCCGGCGCUGGACGAGGCCAGGCGGACCUGCGGGUGGAGCCCGGCGGACGGCCGGCGACUGACGGCGCCGCUGGUCAACGUGUCCGGGGAGCUGCAGUACAGCGCCUGUCUGCAGUACGACGUGGCGUGGAACGCCAGCGCCCUGACCUGCGACGCAGAGGAGGCCGAGCCCGACGCCACCCCCACCACCACCUGCCAACACGGGUGGGAGUACGACUACGAAGGACGGCAGAGCUUCGUAACAGAGUUCGACCUGGUGUGUUCCAAUGCGUGGCUGGUGGACCUGUACCAAUCCACUCUGAACGUGGGCUUCCUGAUCGGCAGCGUCGCCAUCGGUUACCUGGCCGACAGGUUUGGCAGGAAAAUGAGCUUCCUGAUGUCCAGCCUGUUGAAUGGGAUCGCUGGGAUACUGGUGGCCGUGGCUCCAAACUAUGCGUCCUUACUGGUUUUCCGGACGCUCUAUGGUUUUGGGGUGAAAGGAGGCUGGGUGGCCGGAUACGUGCUGAUCACAGAGAUCGUGGGGGUGGAGUACAGACGCACAGUGGGGGUCAUCUACCAGAUGUUCUUCAGCGUGGGCAUCCUCAUCCUCCCUCUGGCCGCCUACUACAUCUCCGACUGGCGUUGGCUGCAGGUGUUCAUCACCAUCCCCUACAUCGUCUUCCUGGUCUAUUAUUGGUUCAUUCCAGAGUCGCCCAGGUGGCUUCUGUCCCAGAACCAGAAGGCCAAAGCAGUUGAAAUCACAGAGGCCAUGGCCAAGGAGAACCACAUGACUCUGUCCAAGAACAUCGAGACUCUGACCGAUGACAACGCAGACUCCACCACCGCCUCCUUCAUGGACCUGAUCAGAACCCCCAAAAUGAGGAAACACACUUUCAUUCUCAGCUACAACUGGUUCACCAGCGCCGUGGUCUACCAGGGUCUGAUCAUGAGGCUGGGCAUUCUGGGAGGAAACGUCUACCUGGACUUCCUCAUCGCCGGUCUGCUGGAGUUCCCCGCCGCCUUCCUCAUCCUCUUCACCAUCGAACGCAUCGGGCGACGCCUCCCCUUCGCCUCCGCCAACUUCGUGGCCGGAGCAGCGUGUUUCAUCACGGCGUUUAUUCCUGAAAGUAUGUUCUGGUUUAAGACGGUGGUGGCCUGCAUCGGUCGUCUGGGUAUAACCAUGGCCUUUGAGAUGGUGGUGUUCGUCAACACUGAGCUCUACCCGACGUUCGUCAGGAACCUGGGGGUGUCGGUGUGUUCCACUCUGUGUGACAUCGGGGGCAUCGUAGCUCCGUUCCUCCUCUACAGACUGGCUGUCAUCUGGCUGGAGCUGCCACUCAUCAUCUUCGGGUCUCUGGCGUUCCUGGCCGGAGGUCUGGUGCUGAUGCUUCCGGAGACCAGAGGAGUUCCGCUGCCCGACACCAUCGACGACAUCGAGUUCCCAGAAAGACUGAAGGUGAAAACCCUGCAGAACCAGCAGACGGACACCCUCCUCCCCAACAAAGACGUCACCACCAACAAAGACCCUGCAGGAGUUUAACCCCCAACCUCCCACCACAGUUAAGGAGGAAAUGACCAGCCCCGCUACGAAAAGGAGUUUAGAAGUGCUGUUCAACUGAGCAGAGUCAGCAAACGUCCAACUGUAAUUAUGGAGACGAACAUUGUUUUAUUUUAACCAUAGGAACCAAAUUAUAAAAAAAAAAAAAAAAACUACCAGGAUCAGA